AGCUUCGACGUUCUUCAGCUUCAGGUCGGGUUUGCAACGAGGUUCUCUGAGGUCUGGAUGGCAGCUUAAGAAUUUUUCUCAAUUAAAAUGAGAAAGCUGCUUAAGUUCCUACUCUUCCUCGCUCUAGUUCCAGCUUUCGUGAGAUCUGUGGAUCCAAAUCUCAACGACGACGUUCUUGGGUUGAUUGUCUUCAAGGCCGACGUCAAAGAUCCAGAGUCGAAACUCGUAUCUUGGAACGAAGAUGAUGAUAAUCCCUGCAACUGGGUUGGGGUGAAAUGCAACCCUCGAACCAACAGAGUCUCUGAACUCGUUCUCGAUGGGUUCUCCCUUUCCGGACGGGUCGGUCGAGGACUCCUCCGACUGCAAUUUCUCCGCAAAUUGUCCCUCUCCAAGAACAACUUCACAGGGACCAUUAACUUCAGCUUAUCACAGCUUGAUAACCUCCGAACUGUUGACCUGAGUGAGAAUAAUCUCUUCGGGCCAAUACCGAAUGAACUCUUCGGACAAUGUAGCUCUUUAAGAGCAGUUUCGUUUGCCAGGAACAACUUCUCUGGAGAGAUCCCGCAGAGCUUGAGCACGUGUUCCACACUAACGGCUGUCAACUUCUCUUCAAAUCGACUCUCUGGUUCGUUGCCCUCUGGAAUCUGGUCUUUGAAUGGUCUUCGCUCGCUUGAUUUAUCUAAUAAUUUGCUCGAGGGUGAAGUUCCUAAAGACAUAGAAGGUCUGUAUAAUCUAAGAGUAGUUAAUUUAAGUAGGAACCAGUUUUCUGGGCAGUUGCCAGAUGGCAUUGGAGGUUGUUUACUCUUGAAAUUGCUUGAUUUUAGCGAUAACUCUCUAUCAGGGAGCCUUCCAGAUUCAAUGCAGAAGCUUACCAUGUGUACUUCUUUAAGUCUGGGUGGGAAUUCAUUUGUUGGAGAGGUUCCUACAUGGAUUGGAGAAAUUAGAAACCUUCAAACUUUAGACCUUUCUGGGAAUAGUUUUUCGGGCCAGAUUCCAGAUUCACUGGGGAAUCUUCAGUCAUUGGAGGUAUUGAAUCUAUCUGGGAAUGGGUUCAGCGGGAGUUUGCCAGAGUCAAUGAUCAAUUGCAAAGCCCUUUCUGCUCUGGAUUUUAGCCGGAAUUCUUUAACUGGUAACAUCCCAGCGUGGAUUUUCGGAUUGAAUUUGCAGGUGCCUAUGCUUUCUGAGAAUAGACUGAAUGGAAAGAUUAAAGAUCAUUCCCCUUCAUCAGUGGAGACUUCUUUUCAAAACCUACAUCUAUUGGAUUUAUCUGAUAAUGCAUUUUCUGGUGAAAUUCCUGAUGAUAUUGGGCUUCUUAGCAUUGUCCAAUACUUGAAUAUGUCCAGGAAUUCUCUGGUUGGUGGUAUUCCGGAAAGCAUAGGUGAAUUGAAGGCCAUAAAUGUUCUUGACUUGAGUGAGAAUCGACUAAAUGGAAGUAUCCCUACUGCUAUUGGAGGUGCUUUUUCUUUGAAAGAGUUGAGGUUGGAGAAUAACUUCCUAGCUGGAAAAAUUCCGGCCCAAAUCGCGAAGUGCUCGGCUUUAACAUCUCUAAUCCUAUCACGUAAUAACCUUUCAGGCCCUAUCCCAGCGGCCAUUGCGAACCUGAGCAACCUUCAGACAGUCGACUUAUCUCUAAAUAACCUGUCUGGAAUGCUACCCAAACAGCUUGCCAAUCUCCCUCAUCUUGUCUCAUUCAAUAUCUCUCACAACCAUCUCCAAGGUGAUCUACCUGUUGGUGGCAUCUUCAACACCAUCUCACCCUUCUCAGUCUCUGAUAAUCCAUCCCUCUGUGGCUCUGUAGUCAACCGUUCCUGUCCUGGUGUCCUUCCUAAACCUAUUGUUCUCAACCCCAAUUCAUCCUCUGACUCCUCUGGCGUUGUCUCCUACUCUUCAAAUCUCCGCCACAAGAAAAUUAUCCUCAGUAUCUCUGCUCUCAUUGCCAUUGGUGCAGCUGCUCUCAUUGCCCUAGGUGUGAUUGCUGUCACAGUCCUCAAUCUCCGAGUUCAGAACUCCACCUCCCAUUCUGCUGCAGCCCUUACAUUAUCAGGUGGUGAUGAUUUCAGCCAGUCCCCUACCACUGAUGCCAACUCUGGCAAGCUUGUAAUGUUCUCAGGUGACCCUGACUUCAGCACUGGGGCCCAUGCGCUGCUCAACAAGGAUUGUGAGCUCGGUCGUGGUGGGUUUGGAGCUGUCUACCAGACAUUCCUACGAGAUGGUCGGCCUGUUGCCAUUAAGAAGCUUACUGUCUCAAGCCUUGUCAAGUCCCAAGAAGAUUUUGAGAGGGAAGUUAAGAAGCUUGGGAAGAUCCGGCAUCAAAAUCUGGUGGCACUUGAAGGCUAUUAUUGGACUCCAUCCCUACAGCUCCUGAUUUAUGAAUUUGUCUCUGGUGGCAGUUUGUACAAGCAUCUUCAUGAGAGAGCAGGUGGAAACUUUCUCUCAUGGCAUGAGAGGUUUAAUAUAAUUCUUGGGACAGCAAGGAGCUUGGCACACUUGCACGGAUCGAACAUAAUCCAUUAUAAUCUGAAAUCAAGCAAUGUCCUGAUUGACAGCUCUGGUGAGGCGAAGGUUGGAGAUUUUGGGUUGGCAAGGUUGCUUCCAAUGCUAGACCGUUACGUUCUAAGCAGCAAGAUACAGAGUGCACUUGGGUACAUGGCACCAGAGUUUGCAUGCCGGACAGUGAAGAUAACUGAGAAGUGUGAUAUUUAUGGGUUUGGAGUGUUGGUCCUGGAGGUGGUGACUGGGAAGCGGCCUGUGGAGUACAUGGAGGAUGAUGUGGUGGUUCUUUGCGAUAUGGUCAGAGGAGCAUUGGAGGAAGGUAGGGUGGAGGAGUGUGUGGAUAGAAGGCUGGGAGGCAAUUUUCCUGCAGAGGAGGCGAUCCCAGUAAUGAAGCUAGGUUUGGUAUGUACAUCUCAGGUGCCAUCGAACCGACCAGACAUGGCAGAGGUUGUUAAUAUAUUGGAGCUGAUCAAAUGCCCUUCAGAAGGCCAGGAAGAAUUGGGAUGAAUUUGACCCAUCAUAUAUAAUUCUAAAGGAGAGAAGCAGCAGAGUAAGGGUUUGAUUAUUAAAGAUUUAAAACACAAAAAAAAAUGGGUUUUCCGGCGAAGAGGAAUCCGGUUUAUUUUAUCUUAAUUUACACAAGAGAAGUAGGAGAAGAAAAGCCAUAUCCACAGAGCCAUCCAUCCAUCCAUAUAUGAAUGUUGUAAUUUUUUGUUUUCCUUGUGCCCCAGUUGUGUGUUUUGUUGGCUUAUUUUUUGGUUGUCUUUCUGUUUGUAGUUUUCUUUCUGUUAUAUUAAUCGGAUUCCUUUUCACCGGGUCCUAUUUUGGGACCCUU